AUGAGCUUCCUAGCAACGAAACGACUUUCAAAGGAAUUGAAGGAUCUUAAUGAUAAGGGCUGUCCUACUGGCAUCCAGCUCCUCCAAUCAGAUGACCUUCAUAAAUGGAUAUUUGAGCUAGAAGCUUAUGACAGCAUUUAUAGCGACGACAAACUGGCGCUUAUGUUUAGAUUCUCUGGGCAGUAUCCGAUAGAUUCACCUGCUGUACAAUUCGUAGUUGGCGAGCUUGAAGGGGCUACAUACAAGGCACCUGUUCAUCCACACGUCUACUCAAAUGGUCAUAUAUGUGCAUCCAUUCUCUCAGACGGCUGGAGUCCUGUACUCAACGUGUCAGCAGUGUGUCUCACUAUCCAAUCGAGUAUGUCCCACGAAUUCACUCAACCCUCCUUAUCAUCUCAUUCAGUGCUCACUUCGUGCAAAUCUAAGCAACUUCCGCCGGACAAUGAUAGGUAUGUUGCACGCGCACCUGAGAAUCCAAAGAAGACACGAUGGGAGUUCCACGAUGAUACAGUUUAG